UUUCCUCCCGCCCCCAUUGCAAAUAUACUCUCCUCGCCUCUUGCCUGCUCCAGCAAGCCGGGCUCCCCCUGAACCGACCGGCGAUUUCUGGGCUCCACGCUGCUGGUCCAAACCCCAAAGCCGCACCGCAGUGUGGAGGGGGCGAGAAACCGCGGUGGAGUUUAAACAGCGAGGCUCGCUCCAAGGUGCUGCCACCGGGGUCUCUGUCCAGGGUCCUGAAUUCCCCGCCUUCCUACCCCGCUUCCCCCCCGCGACGAGCGGCUGGCAGGCGUGGGUGAAAUUUACAAAGCAGGAAGUUCCAGCACUUUACUCCGGCUGCUUUGGCAUUUGGGUUGGAUCGCUGCUGCUGCUAUUUGUAAGUGGGGAUUUACUCAUUGGCUGGAUUUAAAACCAAACCUCGUGGACUACAAAUCACCCGAUCUAGAACCAUGUGUAACGUCAAUGCAUUUGGAGUCUACGUCUGGGAAACUCUAGUAUUCUUCAGCCUGGCGGCAUCCAAAGAAGCUGAAGCGGCAGCUCGGUCUGCUCCGAAGCCCAUGUCCCCAUCGGAUUUCCUGGAUAAGUUGAUGGGCAGAACCUCAGGCUACGAUGCCAGAAUCAGACCAAAUUUUAAAGGCCCUGCAGUAAACGUCAGCUGCAACAUUUUCAUCAACAGCUUUGGUUCUAUUGCGGAAACGACAAUGGAUUAUCGGGUGAACAUCUUCUUGCGGCAGCAGUGGAAUGACCCUCGGCUGGCAUACAACGAGUACCCUGACGACUCUCUGGAUUUGGACCCCUCUAUGCUGGACUCCAUCUGGAAGCCUGACUUGUUCUUUGCCAAUGAGAAGGGGGCCCAUUUUCACGAGAUCACCACAGACAACAAACUUUUGCGUAUUUCCAGAAAUGGCAACGUCCUCUACAGUAUCAGGAUUACACUCACGCUGGCUUGUCCCAUGGAUCUGAAGAACUUCCCCAUGGAUGUGCAGACGUGCAUCAUGCAGCUGGAGAGCUUUGGCUACACAAUGAAUGACCUGAUAUUUGAAUGGCAAGAGAAAGGAGCUGUGCAGGUGGCUGACGGGCUAACCUUGCCUCAGUUUAUCCUGAAGGAAGAAAAAGAUUUGCGCUAUUGCACCAAGCAUUACAACACAGGCAAGUUCACCUGCAUAGAAGCGCGUUUCCACCUGGAGCGACAGAUGGGCUACUACCUGAUCCAGAUGUACAUCCCCAGCCUUCUGAUCGUAAUCCUCUCUUGGAUCUCCUUCUGGAUCAACAUGGACGCUGCGCCCGCCCGGGUCGGCCUGGGCAUCACCACAGUGCUCACUAUGACCACCCAGAGCUCUGGCUCCCGAGCGUCAUUGCCCAAGGUGUCCUACGUUAAGGCCAUAGACAUCUGGAUGGCGGUGUGCUUGCUCUUCGUGUUCUCAGCGCUUCUGGAGUACGCCGCUGUCAACUUUGUGUCCCGGCAGCACAAGGAGCUGCUCAGAUUCAGAAGGAGGAGAAGGCACCACAAGGUGCCUGCCCUAUGCUGUUCUUCCAGGACCCUUCCCCUACUCCUGAACAAUGAGGACGAAGCCGGAGAAGGCCGGUUCAACUUCUCUGCCUAUGGGAUGGGCCCUGCCUGCCUACAAGCCAAGGACGGCCUCUCGGUCAAAGGAGCCAACAACAACAACACGGCCAACCCGGUGCCGGUCCAGUGCAGGUCUCCCGAUGAGAUGCGCAAGCUCUUCAUCCAGCGUGCCAAGAAGAUCGACAAGAUCUCCCAUAUCUGCUUCCCCAUGGCUUUCCUCAUCUUCAACAUUUUCUACUGGAUUAUCUACAAGAUUGUCCGCAGGGAAGACGUGCACAAUAAGUGAGCGGGGCUGUGCGGCGAGGAAAGCCACACGGGAGGAGAGGGGAGAAAGCGAUCCUCGAUACACAUGUGCAAUAGCAAUGCAGCGAUGCAUGAAUUUAAGAAUGUGGCAAUAUCUACUUUAAAAUAAACAGGGGGCGGGGGAGGGACUUUUAAAUAUACAAACUGAGGAUUACCGGGGCGGGGGAAGGAAGUUUUCCAAAACUUGAAUUGGGGGAUUGCAGGGAGCUCGGUGUUUUACAGCAUAGGAAGGGGCGGAUUGCUACUGCAGCAGUCCAAGCAGUGUAAUAUAUUAAAUAUAUAUUCAUGCUUAAUUAUAAUGCAAAAAAAAAAAACAACAACUUUUUUUAGCCUAUUAACAGCUUAAAUUCUAAAGGCACUGGAAUGAUUCGUGAUUCCAUGUGCAGAAGAGAUUGCAAUUAUGCUUAAAUCUGACUUUUGCUAUAAAAAAGGCCAUACCAGUUUCCAGCCAAGCAAGCAAAAAAAAAUC